AUGGCCCUCUCCAACCCCACAAUAAGAGACAGCCUUUUCAAGCUGUUUGAGGCAGGCUCCACUUUCGACUUGGACGAUUCGAGGACCAUCUGGACGAAGCUCUUCAAGAAAUUUAUACUUCUCGCCAGCCUCUUCACACCACAAUACUGGGUCAUCGACGCGAUUGACGAGUGCAACAAGUGCAACGAGUUCUUCACCAUGUUAAGAGGUGAAAGGCCCAACUUUCCGCUUCGACUGUUUCUUACCAGCCGACACAUGCAUGACAUUCCACGAAUUCUCCGAAGCUUGGAGUCGAGCGCCUCUGUGGAGUGCGUAGAAAUCCUCAAGGAGGCGAGUCUUGAUGAUAUAAAGCUGUACAUCGAGAGCCACAUCGAUACUCUACCAAUUGACAACAUUGACGAGAGAGAAGAACUUGCGACACAGAUUCUGCACAAAUUCGGCGCUUGUUUUCUAUGGGUUCGAUUGGUCAUUGACGGGUUGAAGCAUGUCUACUCCAGUGAGAAUAUAAUGAAAGUCCUGGAAAGAAUCCCCGAGGGAAUGAUACCCUUGUAUGAAAGGACUGUCAACGCGAUGGCAGAGAAUACGCUGGAGAAACACAUUGCAAAAGCGGUUCUAAUGUAG